AUGAGGGUGCUGUUAGUUUGCCUGGCAGGCUUACUGGUCUGCCUGAAGACGGCUGAACCUCACUCAUUGCCGCAAAAGGAUUACGACACCGACUCCAGCAAACAUGACAUUACCGAUCCACUUAAUGACACCAGCGGAAAUAAUAGCAGCUCGGUCCCCGACAAUACCACCGAAAUCUUUGAUUCUAAAACCACAAUAUUAAUCCUGCGUUACUUAACUAGGGGUGACAAGAAAGAGUACAAGGGUAUAUACGCCCACAAGAACGGCAAGGUGAAAAAAAUUUUAGCAGGCGGCAGGGCCGUCUCAGAUUGGUUUUCGAAGUCACGCGCCUAUUUGGGCCAUAAGGACGGUAUCUACGUUUACGACACAGAAACAGAGAAGCUUGAAAAGUACGGCAAUCUGAGUGACAGCGUCAUCGGGAUCUUAAAAGAGAACCGCACUGACGACCUGUACAUUCUGACGGAAGACCACGUCGUCUACAAGGUCAUCGAGGAAGGCACCAAGAAGAUCAAGGUCAACGAAGCUGAGCAUGCUGAGCAAAUAGCGCUGGACUGGGAUGACAACUUGUAUUACAUCGGAGCGAACAAUCAACCGUAUGUUGUCACUUCGGACGGUGCGAAGAAGAUCGAAGGUCUUCCAGCUAAUCCAACCUCAGCCUCGUUCUCUAGGGCUCCAAUCACGACAGAACAUAGAUCCUGGUUUAUGUCCGGAAAACAGCCCUACAUCAUCUAUCCCAACGCGACCAGCGAACCAUACGUAUUCAACGACCAAGAGAAGUUGGAAUAUGAGAAAAGAAUUCGUGCUCUCCAACUUAUUUUCUUACAGUUGAGGAAUCAAGCAGAGGAAUAACGUAUUAUCUUCGGGUUUCGCGUGUUGUAGAGAUAAUUAAAAUGACUUUUACAGGCUGACCGUGCCGAACGCAGUCGGCCAUGACCACGAAAACUAAA